AGUUUCGUGUUUGUUGUGCGCUCGUAAGGAUGUGUCCGCUGGCGCUGCCGGACUUCGUGCGUUCGCGUCGCGUGUGUGCGCGUUUAUCCUGACGCUGAAUGUAUCUCAGCCAAAGCGGCCGAAACGGGCCACGAAAAGUGCUUGAAAAUCAGGCGAAUAGCUCAAGUGAAUGCCAGAAUAAUAAUCAUGCAUAUUGAUAAAGCGUUGAGAGAAAAUCAAAAAUAAAAUGCGGCAAUCGCUGUCCAGUUCCGUGUUAAGUUUUUAUUUGUGUUCGUGUGCUUGGAUUCGGAAAGCAGGAUCCCAAUUACCGACGAUCUCGAGGAUAAACCACUAACUGAUAGAAGGUCCUGCGUUGCGGAAAAUAAAACACAGCAAAAAGCUCGUUCAAAAUGAUCACCUAAAGCCAAAAUCGGUGCAAACAAUAAAAAAUACAAAUAAAAAACAAAACCGAAUAAAACGUGAAUAACUAAAAAAAAAAAAGGCAAAAGUUCAUAGCGCAAACAAAGUUUAAUUGGCAUUGGAAAAAAUAAAUGUAAAUUGAUUUUGAAAAACCCAAGGGCAGAGAACUACAACCGAAAACCUACGAAAUUAAACAAAAACCAAAGAAACCGUAACGCAAACCACCGCAAAAAUUGCAUUAGAUUAACAAAUAGAAGAGUACGGAAAACAUAAAAACCACUCACAAAUCGCAUCAAACAAAAUGACGCAGCGCAUAUCGGCCACAUACGGAAAUCAUCGAGGGCUCAUCAUUCCUGGCUUUGUGCUGCUCCUGAUUUUGGCCACCUUGCCUGCCACGCAGGCAGGACGAAUCUUCGACGUCACAAAUCUGGACUACGUAAAGGUGAAUGCCGAGGCGGGCAAGAACGUGACCAUUCCGUGUCCGGGGGUCAACGAGCACUCGCUGGUGGACACGCUCGUGUGGAAGACGGCGUCCACGACAAUCGCACAGUUUGCCAACCGGAUACCCCUGCUCCACAGUCCGAGGAUUCAACUUCUUUCGGACAACUUCGGCCUGCAGUUUUCCCCUUCAUUAGCGAGUGAUACCUCGGAAUACAUAUGCCUGGUGAACGAUCGCCAUAUACCAGAAGCCAUUGUCGAUUUGCUGGUCCAGGAUGUGCCCGAUCCGCCGGAGCGACCAUUGUUGAUAAGUUUCACAUCACGCUCGGUGAAUUUAUCCUGGGCGCACUCACAGCAUCCGCGGAAUGCGCCCGUCACGCAUUUUAUUAUCGAAACGCGGGAGGGCGAGGAUGGCAUUUGGGAGCAGCUGGCCAGGAUCUAUACGAAGACAAAUGCGACGUCAUAUCAGGUGACCGGGCUGACGCCCUUCACCGUCUACAGCUUUCGUCUGCUGGCGGUCAACAAGCUGGGUAUCAGUCCGCCGUCCAAGGAGUCCUACUACAUAGUCACGCUGCGUGAGGCUCCCACGGGCAAGCCCAUACCGACGACGGCCCACAACACGUCCUCCACCUCGGUGUACAUCUCGUGGAAGGCACCGCCGCCGGAUACCAUACUGGGCGAAUUCCUUGGCUACCGCAUCACAUAUCGACCUCGCGAUCGGGACCCCAACGAUACCAAGGAAAUCUAUAUACGCGACAACACCGUGGAGAGCCAUGAAAUUCAAAACCUACAGACGUACACGCAGUACAAGGUGACAGUGCAGGUGUUCAAUCCCGAGGGUCUGGGACCGGAGACCACCAUCCUGGUGAUGACCGACGAAGGAGUGCCAAGCAAACCGCAGAAUCUAACCAUCUUGGAUGUUUCGGCCAACAGCAUCACGAUGUCCUGGCAUCCGCCAAAGAAUCAAAACGGAGCCAUCGCCGGUUACCAUGUGUUCCACAUACACGACAACCAAACUGGCGUGGAGAUCGUCAAGAACUCUCGCAAUUCGGUGGAAACCCUCAUUCACUUCGAACUGCAGAACUUACGACCCUACACCGACUACCGUGUGAUAGUCAAGGCAUUCACCACCAAGAACGAGGGCGAACCCUCCGAUCAGAUUGCCCAGCGUACGGAUGUCGGAGGACCCAGUGCCCCGGCGAUUGUGAACCUCACUUGUCACUCCCAGGAGUCCAUCACGAUUCGAUGGCGAAGACCCUAUGAGUUCUACAACACCAUCGACUUUUACAUCAUCAAGACGCGUUUGGCUGGCCAGGAUACGCAUCGGGAUAUCAGGAUUAAUGCCUCGGCCAAGGAACUGGAAACUGCGAUGAUUCUUCAAAACCUAACAACCAACUCGUAUUACGAGGUCAAAGUGGCAGCGGCAACGUUCAGUGUCAUAAAUCCAAAGAAAAUUGUGCUGGGCAAAUUCUCGGAGUCAAGGAUUAUACAACUGCAACCGAACUGCGAGAAAUUGCAACCGCUGCUGCGGCAGUCGCAUAAUGACUACAACCUGGCCGUUCUGGUGGGCAUCAUCUUCAGCUGCUUCGGCAUCAUCCUGAUCAUCAUGGCCUUCUUCCUGUGGAGCAGAAAGUGCUUCCAUGCGGCCUACUACUAUCUGGACGACCCGCCACACCAUCCAAAUGCCCCGCAGGUGGACUGGGAAGUGCCCGUUAAGAUCGGCGACGAGAUCCGAGCGGCUGUGCCCGUCAACGAGUUCGCCAAGCACGUGGCUUCCCUGCACGCGGACGGGGACAUUGGAUUCAGCCGGGAGUACGAGGCCAUCCAGAACGAGUGCAUCAGCGAUGAUCUGCCGUGUGAACACUCGCAGCAUCCGGAGAACAAACGCAAGAAUCGCUAUCUCAACAUCACGGCCUAUGACCACAGUCGGGUGCAUCUGCAUCCCACACCGGGACAGAAGAAGAAUCUGGACUACAUCAAUGCCAACUUCAUCGAUGGCUACCAGAAGGGACAUGCCUUCAUCGGCACCCAGGGUCCAUUGCCCGACACCUUCGAUUGCUUCUGGCGCAUGAUCUGGGAACAGAGGGUGGCCAUCAUCGUGAUGAUCACCAAUCUUGUGGAGCGCGGGCGGCGCAAGUGCGACAUGUACUGGCCGAAGGAUGGGGUGGAGACCUAUGGCGUAAUCCAGGUCAAGCUCAUCGAGGAGGAGGUCAUGUCCACGUACACUGUGCGCACCCUGCAGAUCAAGCACUUGAAGCUCAAGAAGAAGAAGCAGUGCAACACCGAAAAGCUGGUCUAUCAAUACCACUACACCAACUGGCCCGACCACGGAACACCCGAUCAUCCCCUACCCGUGCUUAACUUUGUCAAGAAAUCCUCGGCCGCCAAUCCCGCAGAGGCUGGUCCCAUAGUCGUGCACUGCAGCGCUGGCGUCGGUCGCACUGGCACAUACAUCGUCCUGGACGCCAUGCUCAAGCAGAUCCAGCAGAAGAACAUCGUCAACGUCUUUGGCUUUCUGCGUCACAUUCGUGCUCAGAGGAACUUCCUGGUGCAGACCGAGGAGCAGUACAUAUUCCUGCACGACGCUCUGGUGGAGGCCAUCGCCUCGGGGGAGACCAAUCUGAUGGCCGAGCAGGUGGAGGAGCUGAAGAACUGCACUCCCUACCUGGAGCAGCAGUACAAGAACAUCAUCCAGUUCCAACCGAAAGACAUACACAUUGCAUCCGCCAUGAAGCAGGUGAACUCGAUCAAGAACCGCGGCGCCAUCUUCCCCAUCGAGGGCAGUCGGGUGCACUUGACGCCCAAGCCGGGCGAGGAUGGCAGCGAUUAUAUCAACGCCUCGUGGCUGCACGGCUUCCGGCGACUGCGGGACUUCAUAGUCACCCAACAUCCCAUGGCGCACACGAUAAAGGACUUCUGGCAGAUGGUCUGGGACCACAAUGCGCAGACCGUCGUGCUGCUCUCAUCACUGGAUGAUAUAAACUUUGCACAGUUUUGGCCAGAUGAGGCCACGCCCAUCGAGAGCGAUCACUAUCGCGUCAAGUUUCUGAACAAGACCAACAAGAGCGACUAUGUGAGCCGCGACUUUGUCAUCCAGUCGAUACAGGACGACUACGAGCUGACGGUCAAGAUGCUGCACUGUCCCAGUUGGCCAGAGAUGUCCAAUCCCAACAGCAUCUACGACUUCAUCGUCGAUGUGCACGAGCGCUGCAAUGACUAUCGCAAUGGACCCAUCGUCAUUGUGGAUAGAUAUGGUGGCGCCCAGGCGUGCACCUUCUGUGCCAUCUCCUCGCUGGCCAUCGAGAUGGAGUACUGCAGCACGGCGAAUGUGUACCAGUACGCGAAGCUGUACCACAACAAGCGACCCGGGGUGUGGACAUCCAGCGAGGACAUCCGCGUCAUCUACAACAUACUUUCAUUUUUGCCUGGCAAUUUGAACCUGCUGAAGCGCACGGCGCUUCGGACUGAAUUCGAGGAUGUGACAACGGCCACGCCGGAUCUCUAUAGCAAAAUAUGCAGCAAUGUCGCUCCUCUAUCCUCCAGUUCAUCCACCACACCACCACCACCAAGUACUCCAACACCACAGCCCCCACAAACCAUCCAACUGUCAUCGCAUUCGCCAUCCGACCUGUCCCACCAGAUCUCAUCCACAGUCGCCAAUGCAGGAUCACCAGCAACUGCAAGUGCAGGCGCAACACCAACGACUCCAAUGACACCGACAGUCCCACCCACAAUACCUACAAUACCAUCACUCGCAUCCCAGAACAGUCUAACCCUUACUAAUGCCAAUUUCCAUACUGUUACUAAUAACGCUGCUGAUCUGAUGGAACACCAACAACAACAAAUGCUGGCCCUGAUGCAACAACAAACGCAACUGCAACAACAAUACAACACGCACCCGCAACAACAUCACAACAACGUCGGUGACCUGCUGAUGAACAAUGCGGACAACUCACCAACCGCUUCACCAACGAUCACCAACAACAAUCAUAUAACCAACAACAACGUCACAAGCGCAGCAGCGACAGAUGCUCAAAACCUAGAUAUUGUAGGCUAAACUAAAGAUAAAUUUACAGAGAGGGAAUUUAAAUCAUUUUAUAAAUGUUUAAAUAUAAAUACUUAAAUUUAAACCUUACACCUACGUACAUAGCGAUGUAUUUAUUAAAGUCUAAGUCGUUUAAGUGAGAACAGAGCGUCUAGCGCUGUGUCCAUAAAUUAUUCAACAAUUCGUUUGCCCUGUAAGCUCAUAUUUUACUUUAACUUACACACCCACACUCAGUUGUUUCCCCCAAAACUAUCUAAAUUAUUUUGUCUUAUGUAGUAGUUUUUAUAUCGUAAACAUAGGUUUUUAUACACCAUACUUUACCCACAUUUAGUCACGAGGGAAAAACAAAACAAGAACGAAAGUCAAAAGCCGCAGUGAAGAACAAGAAUAAUCGCAAAUCUAAAGUGGAAACGUAGUGGAAAUGCACAAAUCGAACAAGUAGAGUUAAUAACAUAUUUGUCUAAUCAUUUAAAUACGCUGAUUACACAUAACUAACGUUAAUGCAGGCUAAUGCUGCACACACUUGUGCCAUGAUUUUUUUAAGCUCUCCCAAGCAAAUUCCUAUUAAAGUAAUGAAUAUUAGUUGUUGAAUUGAAUUAGUUGAUUGAGCAAUCAAUUUGCAUUUUAAUUCGAAUCGAUUCAGUCCGUCCUAGUAUCUGUUAUUCUUUUCAUUUUGCCUUCCUAACAAUUGGUUCCACUUUAAGACAGUUUAAUGCAAAAUGACAAACUUAAGCGAACCUAGCUACAAAUUAAUUGCGAAUUUAGUGGGCACUAAGCCGAAUUACCGAGCACUCUACACCACCCACACCACACACAUCACUGUAAAUCCCAAUCAAAGCUAAGUAAAUCACACGAUUUCCGCACAAAGCACAAGAGCAUCACGAAAAUUUGUAAAUACAGCUUAGAUCAGAUAAAAGAUACUGUAUAAAUGUCAGAAGUCAGAGAACCCUUCACACUCUGCAAAGCUAAUAAUAUUGUAAAAAUAAAAACUAAUUUAAGCGAACGCGACAACUAUAAGUGUAAAUCGGCAAAGUAGUCGCAAGCAAAGUAUUAUUAAACUAUAUGAUACGUGUGAAAAGUGAGAUAAAAGAAAAUCCCAAUGAAAACCCAAGCUUAAGUUUUGUUUUCCUCUAUCGAUGCGUAAAUCUAGCCUGUACAGUUCUCUUAAAGUUAGACCCGAAUGAAUUAUGAUUAAACCUAGCACUCUGAAUGGCCAUAGCCAAAUGGUUUGGAGCUCUCCAAAUCGGGCAGUUAGAAAGUAUAUACCCCCCACAAGUAAUUUAGUGAAUAUUUUUACAUUUUAUAUGUAAAGUAUUGGUGGAAAUGAAGAACAUACGAAACGAUGAACAAACAUGUUUUAAAGACUGGUUUUUUGUACACUUUAACUUGAAUAAGCAUGCAUACUGAUACUGAUUAUGUAAAUGAUUAUUAUGAACGAAUGUCAAAGGUCCUUCAGUUGCCCCUCCCCGCCCCCGCAAGACCUGUCCCGAAUGUAGUUUCCACUCAAUCGCAUGUAGUCAGACUACUUGCGGAUGCAGACCGAGGAUUUGGGAGCACACUUCAAUAUCCGAUCGUAUCAAUCCAAUCAUUUGUCAGCUGAUACCAAAUAGGCGGCUCUACAUGUUAAACAACCAACUAAUGACCAAUUUUGUGAGAUUAUGUUUCUUAGGCACUAGACCCGACUUAGGCUAAGACUACUUAAACGCUAGAAGGGCUUGUAAAUUUCUCAUACCGACACCGGCGGUGGUAACAAAUGCUUCAUCUGUAAUAUAACGACAAGAAUCAUAUUAUUUCGAUACAAUACUAAGGCAGGCAAUACUAUGCAUUUUAACUGUUAAACACACAUAAAUAGUAGUGCGUAUGAUGCAACUAUAGGUGGAUAUUUCCAUGCAUUAUGUACAUAAUGUUGUAAGUGAAAAGAAAGAAAGAAAGAAAAGCUUAAUCAACUGCAUUGCGAAUGAAGCAACGAACACCUUUUGUGUGAUCACACAGAGUUCUACCGAAAUCUCCCAAUUAAAUGUGCACACUCUUUUCGAGCAAAUGGAAUCCUUUCCGCGACUAAACUACCUUCACACAUUAACUAAAGUAAUUGAGAACGAUAGAAACAAGGCCACAGAUACAACAGAUGAUUAUCUCUAAUUGACGGUGUUAUGCAAUUUAUAAAUGUGAUGAAUGUCAAAGUUAAGCGUAAACAAUUUAAAAGCAAGCGAAGAAAAUACAAAAACAC